GCGCGCGCCCCAAAGAAGCCUAUAUCAUCAAGCAACUAGUAGUACUAAUAACAAAUCACAAACCAAGAAACUUAGAUUCUAUCAUCAGCUGGUUCGUUCGUCGUCGUUGAUCACCAUGGGAGGGAGGAGGGACAGGGCUGAAGGUACCGACGGCCGGGAGAGGGACGGCGCUGCCGGCGAUGGAGGAGGAGGAGGGGCCGCCGGAGCAGGCCGUGAGAGUUCGAAGCCGCCGCCGCCGGCCGAGGGGCGCGUGCCGCUGCACCGGCUCUUUGCGUUCGCGGACCGGAUGGACACCCUGCUCAUGGCCGUGGGCGCCCUCGCCGCGGUGGCCAACGGGAUGGCGCAGCCGCUCAUGACCUUCAUCAUGGGCGAUGUCAUCGACGCCUUCGGCUCCGCCGAGUCCUCCCACGACGUGCUCCACAGGGUCGAAAAGGUGAUCAUGAACUUUGUCUAUCUUGGCAUCGCAGCAGGGCUUGCUUCAACACUUCAGGUAUCUUGUUGGACAAUAAGUGGAGAAAGACAAGCAGCACGAAUCAGAGCCUUGUACCUCAAGGCGAUUCUGAGACAGGAUAUUGCAUUCUUUGACAUGGAGAUGACCACCGGGCAAGUGGUUGAAAGGAUGGCAGGAGAUACAUUCCUCAUUCAAGAUGCCAUUGGAGAAAAGGUUGGAAAGUCCAUACAACUCCUUUCUACUUUUAUUGGUGGCUUCAUUAUUGCAUUUGUGAGAGGAUGGCUCUUAGCCCUUGUUAUGCUCUCAAGCAUUCCUCCAGUUGCCAUUGCUUUUGCGACUGUAUCAAAGCUUAGGACAAGACUCUCCUCCCGCAUGCAAGCAAAAUAUGCUGAUGCUGGAACUGUUGUUGAACAAACACUUGGAGCCGUUAGAAUGGUUGUUUCAUUCAAUGGCGAGAAGCAGUCUAUAACAACAUAUAACAAGUUCAUAAGAAAAGCAUAUGAAUCUGCUCUACAAGAAGGUGCUGUACAAGGACUUGGAUUGGGUUCAAUAAUGACAGUCUUAUUUUGCAGUUAUGGAUUGGCAGUUUGGUAUGGAUCUAGAUUGAUAGUUGAGCGAGGAUACAAUGGUGGCAUGAUUAUUUCUGUCAUAAUGGCUGUCAUGAUGGGUGCAAUGUCCUUGGGUCAGGCAACACCAUCAGUGACAGCUUUUGCAGAAGGUCAAGGAGCAGCAUAUAGAAUGUUCAAGACAAUUGAACGGAAACCAGAUAUCGAUAUAUAUGACACCACAGGUAUUAUAUUGGAGGACAUCAAGGGUGAUGUUGAACUGAAGGAUGUGUACUUCAGCUAUCCUACCAGGUCUGAACAUUUGGUAUUUGAUGGAUUCUCAUUGCAAGUACCAAGUGGAACAACUAUGGCCCUAGUUGGAGAGAGCGGCAGUGGGAAGUCGACUGUGAUCAGUUUGGUGGAGAGGUUCUAUGAUCCAAAGGCUGGAGAAGUUCUGAUUGAUGGUGUUGACAUCAGAAGAAUGAAGCUUGGAUGGAUAAGAGGAAAAAUUAGUCUCGUUAGCCAAGAACCAGUGUUGUUCUCAACUACAAUCAGGGAAAACAUUGCUUAUGGGAUGGAAAAUCUAACACCUGACGAGAUCAUGAGAGCAAUCAAGCUUGCAAAUGCUGCUAAAUUUGUUGAUAAGUUGCCAGAUGGUCUUGACACAAUGGUUGGGGAACAUGGAACUCAACUGUCUGGAGGGCAAAAACAAAGAAUAGCAAUUGCUAGAGCAAUCGUAAAGAACCCUAGGAUAUUGUUGCUUGAUGAAGCAACCAGCGCAUUGGAUAUGGAAUCUGAGAGGGUAGUUCAAGAGGCAUUGAAUAGGGUAAUGUUAGAAAGGACUACAAUUAUUGUUGCUCAUCGCCUAAGCACAGUGAAGAAUGCUGAUGUGAUAUCCGUCCUGCAACAUGGGAAGAUGGUGGAACAAGGUUCACAUGUAGAACUGAUGAAGAUACCUGAAGGUGCUUACUCUCAGCUGAUACAUCUACAAGAGACUCGGCAAGAAGCAGAAUCUUCAAGUGUUAACCCAGAUUUGUUAGUAACAAAUGGUUUUGGUUCCAGAUAUAUUAAUAACAAACCAAGAAGCCAAAGUAUCUCCAGGAGAUCAACUAGUAAAGGCUCCUCUUUUAGGAAUAGUGGUAGUAACUCUUUCCGUGCUCCGCUUGGCCUACCUGAUCCAAUGGAAUUCAGUGAAGCUCCUGAUGUACAGGAGACCACAGACAAAAUUACUAGUGCUCCAAGGAAAGCUCCAAUUGGUAGACUCUUCUAUCUGAACAAACCAGAAGCUUUUGUACUUGGACUUGGUUCUAUAAUUGCUGCGAUGCAUGGAGUCAUUUUUCCAAUAUAUGGGAUAUUGAUUUCAACUGCGAUAAAGGUGUUUUAUGAGCCACCAGCAGAACUACUGAAGGAAUCCAGGUUCUUGGCAAGUAUGUUUGUUGUCCUAGGCGUUUGUGUGUUUGUUCUGAUUCCAAUAGAAUACUUCCUGUUUGGAUUAGCUGGUGGGAAGCUUGUGGAGCGCGUACGGUCACUGACAUUCCAGAGUGUAAUGCGCCAAGAGAUCAACUGGUUUGAUAAACCUGAACACUCGAGUGGAUCAAUUGGUGCAAGGCUAUCAACUGAUGCUCUGAAUGUUAAGCAACUUGUUGGGGACAAUUUAGCACUGAAUGUCCAGACUCUGUCAACUGUCAUAUCCGGCUUCACAAUAGCAAUGGUGGCAAACUGGAAGUUGGCACUGAUUAUCACUGUGGUGGUUCCUUUUGUGGGUUUCCAAGCCUAUGCUCAAAUGAAGUUCCUUGGUGGUCUCAAUAGAAAUGCAAAGUUGAAGUAUGAAGAAGCAAGUCAAGUAGCAACUGAUGCAGUUGGCGGCAUCAGAACUGUGGCAUCGUUUUCUGCCGAGAAGAAGGUGAUGGAUGCCUAUGAGAAGAAAUGUGAAUCUCCAACAAAGAAAGGAAUAAGAGAAGGUGUUAUUGGUGGCUUGGGGUUCGGAUUCUCAUUCCUCACCUUCUACUUUACAUAUGCUCUGUGCUUCUAUGUUGGUGCCAAGUUUGUUCAGCAAGGAACGGCCACAUUUCCUGAAGUGUUUAGGGUCUUCUUCGUAUUAGUUUUAGGAGCAAGUGCAAUCUCACGAGCAAGUGCUUUUGGUGUGGACAGCACCAAGGCUAAUGAUGCGGCAGCAUCUGUCUUUGAAAUUCUUGACCGUAAGUCCAAGAUCGAUUACAGCAGCGAAGAGGGUGUGAUCAUCACAAGUGUGAGGGGUGACAUUGAUUUCCAGAAUGUGUUCUUCAAGUAUCCGUUACGACCAAAUGUUCAAAUCUUCAAGGAUCUAUCAAUGAGGAUUCCUUCUGGAAAGUCUGUCGCACUAGUUGGGGAGAGUGGGAGUGGGAAGUCCACAGUGAUCGCGCUACUCGAAAGGUUCUAUGAUCCGGACUCCGGUAAGAUCCUCUUCGACGAUGUGGAACUUCAAGCCUUCAAAGUUGGCUGGCUUCGGCAGCAAGUGGGGCUAGUUGCCCAAGAGCCAGUACUGUUCAACGACACCAUCCGCGCCAACAUAGCUUAUGGGAAGCAAGGGGAAGCAUCUGAAGAUGAAAUCGUUGCUGCUGCUGAAGCUGCCAACGCACAUCAGUUCAUCUCCGCGUUGCCUGACGGGUACAACACCAUCGCUGGCGAAAGAGGGAUCCAAUUGUCAGGUGGGCAGAAGCAGCGUAUUGCCAUUGCGAGGGCCAUCAUAAAGGACCCCAAGGUGCUGCUGCUGGAUGAGGCAACAAGCGCGCUAGAUUCGGAGUCGGAGCGAGUGGUGCAGGAGGCGCUGGACCAGGUGAUGGUCGGUAGGACGACCGUGGUGGUAGCACACCGUUUAGCGACGAUCAGAGGUGCAGAUAUCAUUGCUGUACUGAAGAACGGGGCCGUAGCCGAGAAAGGCAGGCAUGAAGAGUUGAUGCGGAUAAAGGACGGAACCUACGCUUCGCUUGUUGAGCUUAGCUCUAGUUCUGCAUGACCUGAUGAGAGCUUGGGCAUUAUUCAAAACUUAGAUGAUGCUCACAUGGAUUGGAUAGGGAUAAUAUGUAAAUGGUUGCUACUCAAGGUUCUACUUUAAGUUAACUCUUAUUCUGGUGA